AUGUUUCAGGUGAAAGGUCUCUGUGGAAAUUACAAUGGCGAUACUCGAGAUGACUUCCAGUCGCCUUCCGGCGGUGGUCUUGCAGAAACAUCUCCACUUCUCUUCGCUGAUUCCUGGAAACUGAAAGCAACUUGUCCAAAACCCAAUGAAGUUACUGACCAUUGCAAAGAUCGACCCCAUCGCAAAGAAUGGGCAUCGUCAACUUGUGGGGUACUAAAAAAGUAUCCAUUCACAAUGUGCCACAGUGAGGUACCUGUUAGUGGGUUCGUAUCGCGUUGUGAGACGGACGCGUGCGCGUGCGACUCGGGUGGAGAUUGCGAGUGUGCGUGCGCGGCGAUCGCUACGUACGCGCACGCUUGCAAUGCUAGGGGCGUGCACGUUAAGUGGCGCCAUCAGGAGUUGUGUCCUAUGCAAUGUGACGAAGAGUGCUCCAACUACAACGAAUGUAUAUCUGCGUGUCCACCAGAGACGUGUGACAACACACUUGACUACGCUGAAAUUAAGGCAGUUUGCGAACAAGAAACUUGCGUUGAAGGUUGUAAAGCAAACAAAACAUGUCCAGAAGGUACAGUUUACUCAAAUAGCACCUUAAAGGAAUGUGUUCCUCGGGCAAAGUGUAAACCACUUUGCAUGACCCUUCCCGACGGCACUGAGAUAUUGGAGGGAGAGGUCAUUGAACAGGACGCUUGUCACACUUGUAGAUGUUCUAAGAAAGUUCGUGUUUGUACUGGACAGCCGUGUUCUACUGAAGCGACAAGCCCAGAACCAACAUCGCCACCAGAAACAACGCCUCACGAUGAAGCCUUCAGAUGCAGCGAUGGGUGGAGUGAAUGGAUUAAUCGUGGCCCAUCUGAGAUCGGUCCCACUGGCGAAUCUAAGGAUGUUGAGCCAUUGCCCUUACCUAAAGAAUUUCUAAGUGGUACGCCAAUGUGCAAGCGAGACAACAUGACAAAGAUCGAAUGUCGUACUGUGGGUGACCACAAAAGCCCGAAGGAAACUGGCUUAAACGUGGAAUGUAGCUUAGAGAAGGGCCUUGUCUGCAGUGAACGGGAGAAGACUUGUCCGGACUUUGAGAUACGCGUCUUCUGUCAAUGUGAAGAAAUAUUCCAAUGCUUGGACUCGACUCAUCCGAACCACCCACAUCCCACGGACUGCAGCAAAUUCUACGAAUGUACUCCAAACCCUGGAAUGCCUCAUCCUCACGCUGUGCUGAAGGACUGUCCUCCGGGUCUCAUGUACCACUCUACCUUAAUGGUGUGUGACUGGCCAGCGGCUGUCAUUGCCGAUAGACCUGAAUGCGGAGAAGAGACUACCGUACCUUCAACAAAGACAGCCACAGAACCAACUACAGUAAGAACAACUCAAGCGACGACAAGUACAGAAUCAACCACAAGUAUAUGUCCGCCGGGUCAAGUGUUCAAAGAGUGCGCGUACCCUUGCGACAAACUUUGUGAUCACUUCAAACGUGCUCUGCAGGAUAAAGGACAAUGCUUUAUUGGAGAGAAAUGUAUCAGCGGCUGCGUAGACCAUUCAGUCGAUAAUAUGAAGUGUGAAUUUGGAUCCCUCUGGAGAGAUGAGAAGACCUGUGUUCCUGUCAAAGAUUGUACCUGUCAGUACGAGGGUAAAAUUAUAAAGCCCGGUGGUGUCGUUGUAGUUGACGACUGUACUAAAUGCCAAUGUCUGGACAACGAACUUCACUGUGACUCCAGUGACUGUGUAUCUAUCAUUGUUCCUAUCAAGGGUUCCACUCAUUCACCAAUGAUCUUCCCUGAAUCUCACAAAUCGCUUUCUACCACUACAACAUCCACAACAACCACUACUUCCACCACUACUCCUGCCACGACUCCUACGGUACCUAGUACAUCAACUAAAGCUCCUGAUACGACACCAGUUCCUUCUACCAUGGAAACGACAACUGUUUUCAUAAGAUCUACAGUAACACCGCCACCGAAAUGUAAUCCAGAUCACUUUAAAAAACUACUAUGGGAGGGCACUCCGCUACCCGCUAGUGCCUUUACGGCAAGUUCCGCUGCUAGUCCUAUGUUUGAACCCUACUUCACUAGACUUGAUGGACGAUCUUCUGUAAAUUCUGCCGGAAGCUGGAACCCAUAUCCAAUAGACGACAAGCAAUAUGUACAAGUGGAACUACCUGAAAAGACCCCAGUUUACGGUGUGGUGAUGCAGGGUAGCCCACUUUUCAACCAAUAUGUUACUAGCUACGAAGUCAUGUAUGGAGAUGAUGGGAAUGUAUUCUCUUACGUUGACAGCCCAAGCGGCAAGCCACAGGUAUUCCGUGGUCCCGUAGAUCAUACGUCACCACUAAAGCAGAUGUUUGAAAAGCCAUUUGAGGCUAAAUUCGUUCGUAUUCACCCGCUCACCUGGCAUGAAGAAAUUGCCGUACGCUUUGAACUUAUAGGAUGCGAGGAAUUUACUACAACUGCCACUACUCCUACCACAGUUACUACUACCCCCACUACCGUUCCUUCCACAGUAAGCACUCCUGUCACUCCCACUCCUACCACACCUACUACCCCUACUACCCCUACUACCCCUACUACCCCCACUACCCCUACUACGCCUACCACAAUCAUUCUGACAACGCUGGCGCCAACUACCCCUGAACCACUGCAAUGUACGGAGCCUUUGGGAUUGGCAGCUGAUUUACCGAUAGACAUGAUUGAAGUGAGCUCUAACAAUGACGGUAGACCCAACUUUAAGCUGGACGGCACCAAGGGCUGGAAACCAACAUACAGUACUCCUGGAGAAUGGAUUAUGUUUAACUUCACAUCUCCUCGCAACAUUACUGGCAUCAAAACUAAAGGUGGUCCUAGUGGUUGGGUCUCAUCAUACAAUAUCAUGUACACCUGCGAUCUUUCCACUUUUAACCCAGUGGUUGAUGAAAACGGGAAAUAUAAACUGUUCCCUGGCAAUUUUGAUGCGGAUUCAAUUGUUAUGAACGAGUUCAGACCAUCUCUUCGUGCGCAGUACUUGAAGGUCCUACCGCUUAAGUGGAAUGAGGCUAUUGAGAUGAGAGUAGAGCCCAUUGGAUGCUUCGAACCAUAUCCAUUACGUGAAGAACCGAGGGACGAGCGGGUUCCCUUGCCCAAACCGCCCUGCGAAUUGUGCCCGGAUGUACCUGUAUCGUCUUUAAGCCAUAAGUGUGCUUGCACACCACCGUAUUACUUCGAUGGCGAAAACUGUGUUCCUAGGGAUGAGUGUCCUUGCAUGGUUGGAUUUAUGUCAUAUCCAGUAGGAUCUGCUUUCCGUGGCGACAAGUGUGACGAUUGUAUGUGUAAGUUGGGUGGAAUCACUGACUGUCGUCCAGCCGCGGACUGCAUAUGUGCACCGGACCUUGUACCUCAUUUAUCACCUUCAUGCGAGUGUCUUUGCGAGCCGUGUGCGAAUGGUACAAAAAUAUGUCCGACGAGCAAGCUAUGUCUUCCGUUGGAGAAGUGGUGCGAUGGUCUACAAGACUGUCCUGAUGAUGAACGCGACUGUACCACACGUGCUCCUGUCACGGAAACUGUCAUCACGACUGUACUGCAUACUGAAGCAAAUACUCCACCUACGGUCACUACUCCUGCAACUACCAUUGCUACUACUGAAAAACCGAAAGAAUGCCCGAAAGUAGAAUGCCCACCUGGUUACACAGUCAUGUAUACCUCGAACACCCGUUCUAGCCACUCUCGUAGUACUUCUGACCUUCCACCGCCAAGACCCAGAUACUCCUACCAGCGUUACUACCGGGGUGGUUUCGCUAAAGGAGGCUUCUCAAAAGGUGGUUUCGCGAAGACUGGUUACUCGAAAGGAGGUUUCUCGAAAGGCGGUUACGGUCCACCCGCACCUCCGCGUCAGAACCAAGCGUUCUCACUGGACAAGCCAUCACCAACGAACAACACGAACAAACAGGAGUGUGCGCAAUUCAAGUGUAUCCCCGCUCUCCCCCCGCCGUUCAAACCCGGAUCGACACCCGCUCCAGUCGUCUGCUCCACACCAGCUUGUCCUCCUCAUUACACCCUCAAACUUGAGAGCGUGCCCACUGAGAUCAACAGAUGUCCACAAUACGUAUGUGUACCACCCGCUGAGAGACCGGUGUUCUGCAAUGUUACGGGACGCACGUUCAAUACAUUCGACGGUAUGGAGUACAAAUUCGAUGUGUGCUUCCACAUACUCGCUAGGGAGAACCGAUUUGAUGCUUGGACAGUCCUCGCCCGCAAGAAGUGCUCAGUAGACCAAGGCUGUGCAAACGAGCUGCUGGUCCUGCAAGAUGACCAACUGAUUCUGGUGAAGCCAAAUCUAAUGAUAGAGUAUGACAACUACGAGUACACCGUGGAGCAGACCAGCAAAAUCUGUUUCCAGAAGAACAGCUUUGACGUCUUCCGUCUUGGAAAUGGACUCGCAAUACAGUCAAGGAAAUAUAACUUUACAGUUCUGUACUCUACAGAUGGUGACGUUAAGAUUGGGGUUUCCAAAAAAUACAUGGGCCACGUAGACGGGUUAUGCGGCGCAUACGACGGUGACAUAUCGAACGACCGACGACUACCAAACGGUCGUCUCGCUCAAACCAUAUCAGAAUUUGGAACAGCUUGGGCCAAACCAGGGCUGCCACGAGAUGCUUGCAAGACCAAAGUGAUUUCACCACAGAAACAGAAACGUGUGUGGGAUCUGUGCAACGUCAUAACCCAGGAGCCAUUAUCGGAAUGCGCAAAAGUUCUUCCAUUGGACAAAUGGCGUAGUAUCUGUCUAGAAAAGAUAUGCGAGUGCGCAGAAAUGGUUAUCAACGGAACAAAGCGUACUGAGGAACAGUGCCGAUGCCUUCUCCUAGAACAAAUGGUGGCCGAAUGUCUCGCAGCUGAUAAGAAUAUUAAUGUGGAUACUUGGAGAAUACAAAACGAUUGCCCUGCCGAUUGUCCCCCGCCCUUAAUCCACUACGACUGCUACCGCAAACGUUGCGAGCCUUCCUGCGGUCCUCUUUCUGCGGUGUCUGACUGUUCUGCUGAAGACGGACAAUGCUUCCCCGGUUGCUACUGCCCUCCAGGAAAAUUGAGAAAGGCUGACCAAUGUGUGGCACCUCACGAUUGUCUUGACUGUGUAUGUACGGGUGUGGGUACGCCAGCCAAGUACGUGACAUUCGAAGGUGAUGACUUACCAUUCCUUGGUAAUUGUACUUACCUUGCCUCCAGGGACCGCAAUGAGACCGGACAACAUAAGUAUCAGGUUUACGCUACAAAUGGACCCUGCGAAGAAAACAGCGGUGUAGUUUGCACAAAGGCGGUUCAUCUUAUAUACGACAAACAUGUUAUACAUAUAACCAAGGAUCCAGAUAGCAAAAAGCUAGUAACAUCAGUGAACGGACAGCAAGUGUUCCGCUACCCGCUCGACAACGAAUGGGCUGAGAUUUCUCUCGUGUACGGACAAGACAUCAGUGUUAUCAUCUCUGACUUACAUCUUGAGUUGCAAGUGAAACAGAACAAAAUGGAGUUCACCGUACAAGUACCGUCAUAUGUAUACGCAAACAAAACGGAAGGUCUUUGCGGCGUAUGCGCAGGUUAUCAGGAACAUCUUCUAACAAGCAAUGGAACUGUCACAGAUAAUUUCGAUACGUACGGCAAGAGUUGGCAAGCUGUACCCGAUGUUCUGAAAACGCUGGAGAUCCCUCCACAAGAGCAAUGCGGGGAAUUACCUCCCACACCCGAAUGUGUCUCUCCUCCACCUGAAUCUAACCCUUGCUACAACAUACAUAACGUGGACAAGUUUGGAGCUUGUCACGCGUUAGUAGACCCGCAGUCAUACAUACAGAGCUGCGAAGCCGAGCUUUGUGACUUGAACACUACGGACGCGUGUCCAACAUUGGAGCGAUACGCGGCCGAAUGCCGUAAACAGGGUGUGUGUUUGGACUGGAGGACAGAUCUUUGCCCGUAUACAUGUGAGAAUCCUCUCGUAUACCGAGCGUGCGUCGAUUGUGAACGUACUUGCGAAAACCACGAUGAGCUCGAGAAGAAUCCUAAGAAGUGCGAUCAAGCACCUGUUGAGGGCUGCUUCUGUCCUGAAGGAAAAGUCCGAGUAAACAGCACCUGUAUCGAGCCAUCAAAGUGUUUCCCUUGUGAUUCUAACAGCGAACAUUAUGCGGGAGAUGAAUGGCAGGAGGACGCAUGCACAAAAUGCACGUGCAGCAAAGUAACGGGCAAGAACAUGGCGCACGUAGCGUGCACGACGCAGACGUGCACUGUGCCCGUUUGCAGCGAACAGGAUGACCUCGUUAAGAUGGCUACUAAGAUUGGAGCGUGUUGUCCCGAAUAUAUGUGUGUGCCAAAACCUAAGAAACCAGAAAUCAAAUGCGAAGAGCCAAAGAAGAUGGAUUGUGGAUUUGGCCAAGUGCUUAAACAGAAGACAAACUCGGACGGAUGUCAGGAAUUUUCUUGCGAAUGUAAACCCGCCAGCGAAUGUGAGGAAAUACCCGGAGAGAACGAAGUGGAAAUGCUCGAACCGGGCAUCGAACGUGUGGUCGACAGCACCGGAUGUUGCCCCAAAGCGCAACUCGUGUGUCGUCCCAAUAAUUGCCCUAAAGCUCCUGAUUGUCCCAAGUUCCAUACUCUAGAAACAACAAACGCCACUGGCCAGUGUUGCCCGGAAUAUAAAUGCGAAUUGCCAAAGGAUAAAUGCUUGGUAAACUUGGAAUGGGAGGCAGCUUCGCGAGGGGGAGAGAAACCCAGAACCACACCACAGGUCAUGCUUAAAGAGAUAGACUCAGCUUGGCUAGACGGACCGUGUCGAUCAUGUCGUUGCGUACAGUCGGGUACUGCGCACGCGCAAUGCAGUGUCACUGAAUGUCCUGCUAUCGUCUCGAGUGAACAGUUCGUGGUUGAGGCCCGACCAGUGCCGUUUGCCUGCUGUCCAAGGCCUGUGCAAACUGCCUGUAGACAGGGAGAUGUUAUAUAUAAGGUCGGCGAGAGUUGGAAGUCGCCAAACAACGCUUGCGAGUCAUACCAAUGCAAAGAAGUAGCGGACGGGAAGUUGGAAAUCGUCACCACCGUACAGAACUGUGAUAGCACUUGUCAGCUUGGCUGGGAAUACGUAGCAGCGAGCGUAGACAGUGGCGAAUGUUGCGGACACUGCAAGCCUGCUGCUUGUGUCGUCCGAGGGGAGAUACACAAUGUGUCUGACACCUGGACUUCUCCUGACUUCUGCUCUAACUUCACAUGUGCUCUUGUCGACAAUACUCUUCAAGUCCUAUCAGAGAAUGAGCAGUGUCCCGAAAUACCAGAAGCGAUGUUGAAACAGUAUGUGUUGAGUGAUGAAAAAGUUCCCGGAAAAUGCUGCCCCAAACGCGAGCCUACCGCUUGUCGAGUCGGAAACGAGAUUUAUCAGGAAGGCCAAACAUGGCCAACAUCUGACCCGUGUAAGAACGUGACCUGCAGUCGUGAUGUCUCUGGAAAACUAACCCAAACAGAGGAAGUACAGAGUUGUGAUACACAUUGCAAGCGUGGUUGGGCGUACAAGGCCCCGCCUAAGGAUAAAUGCUGUGGCCACUGUGCCCAAGAACAGUGUGUAGUCGCCGGGGAAUUGGAGGAACCUGGUUCAACAUGGAAAUCAUUGGAUAACUGUACAACGUACACGUGCGAGAAGUUAGAAGAGGAGGUGUUCGUGACGUCAUCGCGCGUGCAAUGUCCGGACUUGUCUGCGUGUGCGCCUGACGAUAUCGUUACAGAAGACUGCUGUCAAGUUUGUAGGGAAAAGCCGAAAUCACAAAGCAAGUGUGUCCCCGUGGAAGUGAAUGCCCAAGAUUCAGUGGGUCUGAUCCGAAUAUCCAUUGGGUCACAUGGUUUGUGUGUCAAUAAGGAACCAUUGGCUGACUUCCGAGAAUGCCGCGGCGCCUGCGAUUCGGGAACGCUGUAUAACAACCAAACGGGUUCCCACGACUCUCGUUGCGAAUGCUGUACGGCCAGCAGAUACGCUCCGAUGGUGAUCCAUCUCUCUUGUGUUGAUGGGUCCACGAUUCCUCAUCGCGUGGCUUCUCCGGCAGAGUGCGUGUGUCGUCAGUGCGGGGAGACCAUAGGCGAUUGGCCCUUACAUGCAAGUCCCCGACCCCACUACAUAAGCACAAACAAGGGCAGAGGUGGGAAGCAAGUUGUACCUGAUUUGUACAAACGUUUCGGAGGAGUAGAGGAGUACUAA